GCAUCGAUGGCAUUACAGUAUUUGAAGAGCAGCCUUUUCACGAUUAUGUUGGGUUGGCCGUGGUCACAUCGUGUCAGGAAUCAAUUAUCUUGCCAAAAGCCUGACUUAUUUGUAACAACUUGCAAAGGCAGAGGACAAGGCGAUUGCGAUUGCUGCAAUGUCCAGUGUGUCAGCCAAGAGAAGUCGGGUUGGUUCUGCGACAGCACGAAGUGAAAGACCUUCUAGCAGACAGAAGAGAAAGAAAAAGGUUUCUGGGAAUGUUUCUGCCACUCAUGAGGGCGAGACGAAUAAUGUCCAGCUUGUGGGUGUGAUGGGCAAUCAACGAGUCAGACGCAGCCAAAUCCAGCCAGUUCAAGUGAAAGUGGACGAUCUUGCAGAGGGAUUGAUUCAGUGCCCACAUCCAGACUGUCGCGCAAGGGGACUUGGGGUAGUCAUCGGGGAUCGCGGUUGCAAUGUUAUUACUUGCACGCAUCAUCAGGGGUUUUAUUAUUACUUUUGUCUCCACUGCAAACAGGAGGCAGAGGGAGGAAUUGCAAGAUGUGGUUGUAGCAGGAGAGGUGAUAAAAUAACGAGGGCCUCUGAGCAAGAAAGAAGGAACCAGAGAAAUGAAGAGAAUCCAGUAGACCUGUUCUCCGAUGAUGAAAGGGGAGAUGGCGACAGCAACGACAAUGAGAGUGCAACUGUGAAUGAUCGAGCAAGGAAAUUGGGUGCAAUAGCUGCCUCCGAGCUUGAAAGGAGGAACAGACAAAACAAAGAGAAUCCCGUGGAACUCCUGUCCGAUGACGAGGCAGACGAUGAAGAAGAUGACGAAGAAGACGACGAAGAGUCGGAUGAAAUAUCGUCAAUGGAGGAUUCACUCGAAAACGAUGAAGCAAAUCACGCAAAUCUCGGGUCCAACGACGAAGAUAACGAGGACACUCUGUCAAAUAGUGGAGACCAAGAUGCCGACAACAAUUCCGCAAUUGAACCCCCAUCAUCGAACAGCAACGACGUAGUCGAGCUUUCAUCGGAUGAAGAAACCGACAAUGAUGAUCACGUCGAGAUAGUGGCAUCUGACAAAACGGAGCGCCAACGAAACACUCAUGCACGAAGAAAACUUCGACGUCCUUUAACAGCGUCAGGUAGGCAAAGCACGAACGCAAGAAACAUUGACGCUGGAGAUGCCGCAGAACAGCCAGAAAGCGGGAUACAGGUUGUGAAGUUCGGUUUUUCCUCUUGUUCGACGCAGCUUUUCCCAGAGGAAGGAGAACUGAAGGGAGUCAUGAAUUUUCGCCUGAAGCAAGACGAGGCUACUGGGUUGUAUUCCAUCCCUGAAGGUGUCACGAAAUUUGAGGCAAAGCUGUUCAAUCCGUGCUACAAGUUUGGUGCUGGCCGCGAGCUUGUUUUUUCUGGAAACUUUCUUCUCGAGGAAGGACCACGAGGACGGGUUGAGAUGGAUUCAGGCCUAUGGUUGGAUCUGUUUCGAUCUGACGAUGAGGACGUCUAUGGCGACAAGGAAUACUUCAACUUGGUACGACCUGGACUUGUUGACAAGGUACAACCGGACGGUGCCUCCUACAUUGGUAGUACCAAAUUCCAAUCCUACAACUGUAACUUUGCCAAGUGGCAGGAAGAACAAGGAGGAAUAUUGGAGUUCACAGCUCUCACCACGGGCAUUGCGACACACGGUUUAGAAUCGACCAGCACAAUCAAGCUUUACACGGCCCUAUCUGCACACCGACCUUUCGAGGCCCAAAGUCCAAUUCCACGAUACGUGUUUGGGAGCUCACCGGAUUGGAACUUCCUGGUUCAAGUUGUGGAGGCUCGGCACCCAAGAAAACGCGACCGGGCCAUCGAUUGGGCCAUGAGAGCCGUGGAACAAUACAAACAAUUUCUGGAGUUGAAGAUUGAGAAUCAAUCGUUUUCCAGAGCCAGGUUCUCUCCUUCGAAAGCCAUCGAUGGCAUAUGGAAGGCUCACCUCAGCUUUCCGGAACGGUACCAAAAGGAUAUCAUCAGCAUGCUGAAAACCAACAAACGCAUGAUCGAACAUCUACCUGUGUUUGGCAAGGAGGCUUACGACUCGUAUUGUGUUGCUUAUAACAAGCACUUCUUUCGCAUGGCAAAGAAGGGCAAUCAAAUUGACCAGGAGUUCUGGCCAAAGCCUCCGCAAUCCUGGAUUGACUGGUAACGCGCAUCAUGGUUCAGCACAGGAUGGUUCAGCUCUGGGUAGGAUAGAGGCCUUGUCGAGCUCCUCUCUCUUGACCAGAUGAGAAACAUUGGGUGAAAAGGUGUGGGCAGACUAGGCAUCCUGCGGCGUUGGUUUGGUCCGUGUCAUUUGAGCCCAUGCCGGUAGGCACGGUAGCUCCAAGACCGGUAGCACUCUUGAUAUGUAGCGAGCUACUGGGAUGUAGCUACGGUACUUGGUACUAUUAAAAUAGUAUCGUACACCCUACAUGUAGCUAGCCAGGUUGUGUUUUUAUACUGGGCAGAACCAUUCUUUUGUGGUGGUGGUGGUGGGUCAAUACUAGUGCUAGCUGACUACUAAAACACUGCGAGUCGCUGGUUGUACUGUACCGGUAGGUGGUGGUACAAGCACAAUGAGUGAAAUCCUCCAUCUGCGUUCCCGGUGUACCGGUAUCUCUUACAGCUCUGCUGGUGUUUUAUUAUCUUCAACCCUAAGCAACGUACUCGCGCGCCGUCGCUAAAGACGUUAUGACCUAAAUGAUGACGGUUAUAACGGCAGAGCA